AUGUUGUCGUUGCUGACAACACUCGGGUUGCGCGCUGCUCCAGGGGGGCAGGUCCCUAACCACGCCGCGAGCUUGCUCUUGGCGAACUGGUUCAUCGCAUAUGUCUGGAUGAGCACCCGCUUCAAAAAGAUUUCCUUGGGAAUUGACAAUAAUGUGGCACCUCGCGAGGACUUGGCAAUUUUGGGCGAAGCUGCGGUGAAAUCCGGCAAACUUAGCAGAAGCAUUCUCAACAGACUCAAGCGAGAGGAAGCAGCGCAUGCGAAUGCUAUUGAGCAUUUCCCUGUGUUUGUAGCAGCUACUCUGAUCGCAGUGUACGCCGGAGUUCCCAACCAGACCGUCAACACAUUCGGUGUCUGGUAUACGGUUUCAAGAAUCGCAUUCAGCAUCUGUUACUCAUAUAUCGAGACCCCAGCUUUGAGCUAUCUCCGCUCUGCGGCAUGGUGGUCUAGCAACAUCAGCUGCGUCACUGGAUUGAUUGCGGCAGCGAAGAAACUAUAA